AUGACACUCGACGUCUUUAAGGAAGAUGAUAAGCCAUUUAGUGUUCCGAUAGCAGAGGAUAGCUUCGAUACGUAUCAUUUAGACCCGCCUCCGUAUUCAGUUGAAAUCACCAAGAGAGAACUGAAACAAUUAUAUCAUGAUAUGACAUUGAUAAGACGUAUGGAGCUUGCCGCAGAUGGUUUAUAUAAAGACAGGAAAAUACGUGGCUUUUGCCAUCUAUCAACCGGACAGGAGGCAGUUGCUGUCGGAAUCGAGCAUGCACUUACUAAAAAUGACAAACUUAUAACGGCGUACCGUUCCCACGGGUUUACAUUAAUGCGCGGAGGGACCGUGAAGUCUAUCAUUGGUGAGUUGCUUGGACGAAGAGAUGGCAUCUCCUAUGGCAAAGGUGGCUCUAUGCACAUGUUCUGCGAAAGCUUUUUCGGGGGGAAUGGGAUCGUCGGAGCCAGCGUGCCAGUAGGUGCUGGAAUCGCCUUCGCUCAGCAAUACAAUGAUGCGAAUAAUGUCACGAUCGAUCUCUAUGGUGAUGGGGCAGCCAAUCAAGGCCAAGUCCACGAAGCUUUUAAUAUGGCUAAACUGUGGAAUCUACCAGUAAUAUUUGGCUGUGAGAACAAUAAAUACGGCAUGGGAACAUCUGUUGAAAGGGCCUCUGCAAUGACCGAGUAUUACAAGCGUGGCCAGUAUAUCCCGGGGUUACGAAUUAACGGAAUGGAUGUCCUUGCCGUCCUUUCCGCGGUCAGAUACGGCAAGAAUUUUGUCCAAGCAGGAAAUGGACCACUGGUCUACGAGUACCUCACUUAUCGAUAUGCUGGACACUCAAUGUCAGACCCCGGUAUCGCUUAUCGAAGCAGGGAAGAAUUGAAAGAGCAACGUGCGAAUGACCCAAUCUCUAACUUAAAAGAGAGGUUGAUUGAGUGGGGUGUAGUCUCGGAGGAGGACGCCAAAACAAUCGAUAAACAGGUGCGAAGCAAAGUCAACGAUGAAGUGGCCGAGGCUGAAAAGAUGGCUGAGCCUGAGACGAAACUUGACAUCUUGUUUGAGGAUAUAUACGUUCGUGGUAGUGAGCCGCAGCAACGGCGAGGGAGGACCAUUGAUGAAACUUAUUAUCGUGGUUAG